UGAUCUGCAUACUCUCGCAGCUGGACUUGGAGCUACUACUUACUGCAUCUGAAAGUCUGAAACUCACUGGGAAUAAAGAAUUCUUGCAACAAUGCCAGAACCCACCAAGAAAGAUGAGACUGAAACUGAAAAUGCACCACCACCUGCAGAACAAAAAGCACCUCAGGAGGGUGGAACUGACAAGGGUAAAGUAUGGUCUAUUGGAGAAGGAGAAGAGACAGAAAAGCGCGAUGACUCCCAAAGAUCCACUUUAUUCGUCGAAAAACCUCAGAGUGGUUCAGUGAGUGUUGGUGGAAAUAUUACAUUUAUAGCCAAAGUAGAAGCCAAAGAUCUUCUCCGAAAGCCAAACGUUAAGUGGUUUAAAGGAAAAUGGAUGGACUUAGCCAGUAAAGCGGGGAAGCACCUGCAGCUGAAAGAAUCCUUCGAACGUCACACAAAGAUUCACACAUUUGAGAUGCAUAUCAUUCAAGCAAAGUUAAACUACGCAGGGAACUACCGCUGUGAAGUAUCUUAUAAAGACAAGUUUGAUAGUUGCUCUUUUGACCUUGAAGUCACUGAAUCUUCCCAAGCUGCUCCAUCCAUUGACAUCAGAUCUGCUUUCAAAAGAAGCGGUGAUGGACAAGACGAUGCAGGAGAACUUGACUUUAGUGGUCUCCUGAAACGUAGGGAGGUUAAACAGCAAGAGGAGGAACCUGAGGUAGACGUGUGGGAGCUCCUGAAAAAUGCAAAUCCCAGUGAAUAUGAGAAGAUUGCUUUUCAGUACGGUAUCACUGACCUGAGAGGCAUGUUAAAGCGUCUGAAGCGCAUGCGCAGGGAAGUGAAGAAGAGUGCAGCUUUUGCCAAAGGUCUUGAUCCUGCAUAUCAGGUGGACAAAGGAGGUAAAGUAAGGUUCAUGGUGGAGCUUGCAGAUCCAACAGUGGAACUCAAGUGGUAUAAAAAUGGCCAAGAAAUACGACCAAGUGCAAAAUACAUUUUUGAGCACAAAGGAAACCAGCGCAUUUUAUUCAUCAAUAAUUGUGGGAUGGCAGACGAUGCUCGCUAUUACGUAACAGCUGGUGAUGAGAAAUGCUCCACUGAACUGUUUGUGAGAGAUCCUCCAAUUUUGGUGACUAAAGGCCUGGAGGAUACCAGUACCUAUGUUGGUGAACGAGUAGAACUGAGCUGUGAGGUCUCUGAGGAUGACGCAAAUGUGAAAUGGUUUAGAAAUGGUGUAGAACUUCCCAAUGAUCCUAAAUCUCGGUAUCGAAUCAAAGUUGAGGGUAAAAAACACACUUUGAUCAUAGAGGAAGCUGCAAAAAAUGACAACGCCACUUACUCAGUAAUGACAACUGGAGGCCAAUCAGAAGCAAAGCUUUCGGUUGACUUGAGACCACUGAAGAUAUCACUUGCGCUUGAAGACCAGACUGUGAGGCUUGGACAAGAAAUCCACCUAAAGUGUGAGAUAUCUGAGAACGUGGAAGGGAAGUGGUACAAAAAUGGGCAACUGGUCGAAGCUAGUGACCGUGUAAAGCUCUAUCACAAAGGAAGAAUCCAUAGAUUUGUUAUAGCAAGUGCUGCUGUUGAUGAUGAGGGUGAAUACAUGUUUGUACCAGAUGCCUAUAAUAUUAAUAUUCCAUGCAAAGUGCAUGUUGUGGAUCCUCCUAAACUCCACUUGGAUGGUCUUGGGGAAAAUAAUACUGUAACAGUAGUGGCAGGAAGCAAACUACGACUUGAGAUCCCUAUCACUGGCGAGCCAACUCCAAAAGUCAUGUGGAGUAAAGGGGACAAGUGGAUCACAGACAGUGGAAGAAUACGGACAGAAACAUACUCAGACAGCAGCUGUCUGGUCAUUGAUGCAGCUGAGAGGGAAGAUUCGGGUCCUUUCAGAAUAACAUUAAAAAAUGAGGCUGGAGAGGACACAGCUUUAAUCAACAUUAAAGUGGUUGAUGUUCCUGAUCCUCCUCAGGCACCAAAUGUGACUGAGGUGGGUGAAGACUGGUGUGUUAUGACUUGGGAACCUCCAGCAAAUGAUGGUGGAUCACCCAUCUUA